AUGUCGAAACGACUUGAUGAUGGUGAUGAUGAACCAUGGAAGCCAUAUGAUUCCAGUCCACUCGAUUCUAUAUCUUUAAACCAAGAAUCUCAUUCAUCAACAUCAAAUAUGUUUUCAUCUACAAAUCCUUCUUCUUCUUCUUCAGCAAUAUUAACAGAAGGAAGUCAACCAAUUGACAUUAAAGUUAUUAUUCUUAAUCUAAAAAUAAAAUAUGAUCAUUCUUAUAUUCGUGAAUUUGUUAAAGAACUUACACGUCCAGAUGAUAAUAUGAUAGUUAAUAAUCGAAAAUUAUCAAUUUUACAACUUUAUACACUUCAUAUAUUAAAUGAUUCUAUUGAUACAAGUAAUCAAACAAUAUGUAAAAUUUAUCGUCCAACAUUAUUUACACGUAAAAAUGAUGCAUUUGGUCCAUUUAAUCAUUAUUUUCUAUUGAAUUUAUUUGAUAUUGAAUAUGAAUGUCAAAAUGGUGAUACUUUUCCAAAAUUAUGGAGAACAACAAAUGAUACAAAUGUUAUUGUUCGAGAACUUCAUAUCGGUUCAACAAAUAAUAGUAAUCUGACAUCAAUAACAGAAGUUAAUGUAAAUGAUAAUGAUACAACAACAUUGUAUGGAGUAUUACGUACGAUUUGUCGAGAAAAUAAAUAUGAUGAAAGAGAUGCAAAUAAAUGGAUUGCUGCUCUUAGAGAUGAAAAUAUCAAUACAAUUGAUCAUUUACGUAGUAUAACAAAAGAUGAUUGGGAUAAAUUGAAUAGAAUUAGUCAUGUUGUUAAACAAUUAAUACGAGAUUAUAUGCAAAUUAAUAGUGCUAUUGCUUCAUUUCAUCAAAAUAUAGAUCCAUAUAAAGAAUCAACAGCAACAUUAAUAGGUGAUAUUCAUCGUGUUCGACGUUAUUUUUAUUAUACAAUAAAAAAACUUUAUCUUAUACCAUAUUUAUCACGUAAAGCAGUUGAUUUAGCUAUUGAUGAAGUUAGAAAAACUUACGAUGAUGAUGGUAAUAUAUUAAUUAAUAUUCAUAAUUAUUUACGAACAUUUUGUUUGGAAAAUAAAAUUGAAGAUAAAGCAUUAUAUGAACAAAAAACAAUAAGAUGGGCCACUGAAAUUGAACAAUUAAGACGUGAACUACCGAAAUUAGAAUUAAACAUACAACAAUCUGAUAGAAGACGUGUUACUGCAUUAAGAAAUAUAGAAGUAUCAAAAAAUCGUCGAGAUAAAAUAUAUGAAAAUGCUCAAAAAGUAUAUGAAAAAGAAAAUGAACUCUAUAUGAGUUUAGUAACAAAAGCUGCUAAUAACAAAAAACAAAUAGAAAAUUUAGAAAAAUUAAUGAAAUUCAAAUUAGAUGAUCAACAAAAAAAAUUAUCAGUAAAGUAUGGACGUGGUCUCUUAUUAUAUGGUCCACCGGGAACUGGAAAAUCUGAACUACUUAAACGAGUUGCAAUCUAUGCUGGAAUAACAAUGAUUACACAACCAUUAGCUGCUGGUGAACUUAAUCGACCAUAUGUUGGUGAAACAGAAAAACUUCUUGUUGAUAUAAUGUAUCGUGCACAUACUAUUCCAUUUUUAAUUUGUGCAAUGACAAUUGAUGAAAUUGAUGGUCUUGUACCUAAACGUGAUAAUAAUGCACAACAAGGAAAAGUUGAUGGUAUAAGUGUAUUAUUAUCACAUAUUGAAGGUGUAAAAAAUAUUCCAAAUUUAAUUGUAUUUGGUGCUACAAAUCGUCGUAAUAUGAUGGAUGAAGCAUUUCUUCGACGAAUGCAAGCUAAAGUAUUUGUUGGUCGUCCAUCACCAUCAAUAAGAAGUAAUAUGUUAUUACCAUUAGUUUGUAAAGAUUCAAGUGUUUUUACACCAAAACGUAUAGAUUCUUUAGUUAAAAUUACAACAAAUUUUAGUGGUGCUGCCAUAGGUGCAUUAAAAUCAAAUUUAAUUAUUGAAAUGGAUCGAAAUCCUAAAAUAACAGAUCAUCGUCUUUUAGAAUUAGCUGAUAGUGUAGCACGUGAAUUUAAUAUUUGGUUUGGUAUAAGUACAUUACCUGAAAUAUGUCGUUUAAAUCCAACUAUAAUUAAUUCAACACAACAUGAAGAUAAUUAUUCAUUAGAAUUUGAAAAAUUAAAACCAACAGGACGUAUAUUAAUUGAUUAUACUGAUCGUAAAUGUCUUAUUGAAAUAAAAGAUGAACCAACAUUAGAAAAAGAUUUAGAAUCUGAUGAAACAUCUGUACCACGUUUAUUAGCACGUUUUAUACAUGGUUGUUCAACACGAAAUAUUGAUACAAUACAAACAAUUGAUUUAAAUUUUUUAAUAAAACAAAAUGCUUUUGAUGAAAAUCAAAUAUUUGAAUUAUUAACAACAACAUUUCUUGAAUGUAAUGAAUAUAAUAGAUCAAUGCUUAUAUUUGAUAUUGAUUCAUUAAUUAUGUUAAAUAAAUCAGAUUCAGAAAUGUCAACAUCAAAAUCAAUAUCAAAUAUACGUGUCUAUCAAUUUAUACGAGAAAAAUGUAAAACAUCUAUUGUUGAAGAAACAGAGCCAAAUGAAAAGGGUGUCGUUACAAAAAUUGAAAAAUGGAUUGUUAUGAUUGUGAAAGAUCCAUGGUUGAAGAAUACAUUGGUUGAUGAUAUUGAAUUUAGAAAAUCAUCCGCUCAAGUUCUUAUAGAUGAUAUAGAUGAAAAGAAACGUAUUGAUGAAGAAACACCAAGAAAAUGUCCUAAAUGUUUACGAAAUUAUACACCCAAAGAUGCACGUGAUGGAGGUUGUUAUUAUCAUCCAGGUUUUGUUGUUGAUAUUGAUCAUCCAAAUGAACAAUUAACUGGUGAGAAAGCACAAGCAAUUCUACAAUGUGUACUAUUGCAGAAAUUACCCGAACAAGAAAUACCGAAAUUAAUAUGGGCGUGCUGUUUACGUCGAUAUGGUGAAUCGAUACAACCAUGUGAAAUAGGCAAAUGUGGCUUGCCAAAAGAAUUAGAAGGUACAGUUCAGAUGAAUAAUGAUGAUUAUAUUAACAUGGUACAAGAACAUUUCAAGAAAAGUCCAACAGCUAGAAAAAAUUUAGAUGAAUUUUUGCGGAGGUACAGACAAACAACAACAAAAAAAGGUCCUACAGGAACAUCGGUACAAUCAUCAACAGAACGAAAAUAG